CUCUCUCUCGAUCUCUUUCGGUUUCUCCCAUUUCUCUCUGACAGUAAUAACUGAAGCAUGACUCAUCCCGACGAGGAGUACAGUCACAUGAAGGCCUUGAAGAGACACAACGACAUGCUUGGUUUCGUGGCUGAUGCGCAGUACGGCGUCCCGACCAAGUGCCCGUGUGGUGGAGGUAUCAUUCCCGAGGUAUCUCCGUGUAACAAGUUUCCCAAUGAUUUUGAUACGCAACCUGGAAGGAGGUACUUCACCUGCAAAAACUUUGAGAAUAAUGGUCUCCACUUUCGUACGCCGUGGGUGAUCGCGAUUCAGGACGAGGUUACUAAGUUAGUAGACCGUGUCAAAGAGAUGGCUGAGGAGAUUGAUCGCCUCAAGGCUCAGCUUUACCAACUCCACCGUCCAUGAUCCCAUCUUGUUGCUCUAAGUUAUUGUUGUUCUAAGUUGUUGUUGUUCUAUGUCUUAUGAUGGUACUUUGAUCCAUGUUGCUACUUUCCUUCUCUAUGUGUGUGUCUUAUGACUCUAUGUGUGUGUCUUAUGACUUAAACUAUCUAUCUAAUGUUUAUGUGUUUUGUGGUUUACUUCUCUAUGCGUGUGUCUUGUGACAUUAUACUAAAAUAACAAGUUUGCAACAUCAAACCAAAAUCAAGAAAAUGAUUAACUAAAAGUCGAAAAAUGAUUAACUAAAGUCACAGACCAAAUCUAUAUUAUCAUUCAGGACGUGAAAAUGAUUAACCAAAAGUCGAAACUCUAUAUAACUAAUUGACAUGAAAAUGAUUAACUAAAAGUUUGCAACAUCAAACCGAAAUAACAAGUUCAAAGUAC